GUUGCAUAUCAACAGCCAGAGCUCUAAGCUCAUCAGCAGGAGCCCUCGCUCGACUGGAAUGGCUGGACAUGACGCGUCAUGGCGCCAGAGCCCCGGAACAGCUUCAUCACAGCCAUCACAGCAUCAAAAGCUGAGGAACGUCUCGUGAGGCGAGCGCGCCUCUUCAGCACAAGGACACAAGCUUGUGUCGUUGAUUGAGCGCCAUCAGCCAUUUCCACUCCGUUCCCAUUGUGGGGACGAGGAGAUAUGUUGUCCAGACUAAGCAAUGCUUAGUGAGACCGGAUCCUCGCCAAUACAUCGGCUUCCGCAGCAUGGAGUCGCGAUUCAGGAGAUCAAAGGCUCUGAACAUGACGACUUCUUCUUCUGCUCCUUCCGUGAUCGAUACACGACUUUCGAGAUGCUUUUCAAGUCGGUCCUGGCCGCCGCGGCCUGCUUUGGCCUUGUAGCCGCCGAGCCUGGUUGCAACAACUGCACCAACGAGUCACCCGAUCCAUACGUUGACGUGCCCGCGCCAUGGGAUCUCAGAGGAGAUAUCUACACAUUUUUCCUCCUUCCUGGCCUUGGAAUUCCACUAGACAAUGAGCUGCCGAAGAAAGCCUUUCCGCCUUUGGAGCGUCAGUUCCCGAGCGCGAUCGAAGGCGAUUACAAGGGAACACUGGGAAUGGUUCAGAUUGUGCGCUAUAUGGAGUCGCCGGUGGGACCUUAUGAUGAAAUGUUCAUCGUGCCUGGGUACUUUGAGUACGACAGAGAUGGGAAGAAGAAGCGUGGCGUUCGAGUCAGCAGGAUCUACGUGAGCCAGAAGUACCCGGUGUGGACCUCAAGGAUAACAUGGAAUCAGCCAAAGCAUCUGGCUCGAUUUGAGUGGCAAGAUCGACCUGAUGGGAGCACCUCUGUGAAAAUCUAUCCUUUCGACACCCGAGGAGAGGGCUUGCCAGAGGACGAGCCUUCGGACAAGCCAUGGUUCCAGGCUACAUACUCCCCACUGCUCCCAGAGAACCUGCUCAACGAGACUUUGCCAUUGCUGGGGUCGAAGGGCCUGUUGGGUGGACUGCUGGGCAACACAUUGUCGAACUUGAACCUGAACCCGCAGAUUCCUUUCACUACCGACCUGUUCAAACUUCUCGGGAUCAACGCUACACUUAUUCAGCCACCCGUUCCAGCUGGGAAGGACAAAUUUGGCGCCCUUGUGCCUAGUACGCCGGAAGGAGCUUGGAAGGCUAUCGAUCCUUUGCAGGAGAGUACCCAGACGACUGUUGGUAGCAUCAAUUUGAGCCAGAGGGGUGGCGACGGCGAAGAGGAGGGCGUCAAUGCUGUGGGAGAUGAGUACUACGACAACUUCUGGCCAGGCUUGCCUAUAGUGAAUGUUGCGCUCAAAUUGAAGGAUGCCAAGAUUGUGUUUGGCGCGCCGGAGGUGUGGCAAGGCUAGGGAGUGCACCUAUCGACAGCAACGAGAAAAUAGCUUUAUCGCAGGCGCCCAUAUACGUCGGAGUUGACUGCGGGUGCUCUCCGAGCAUGCUGACUGGUACCAUUGGAAGGUAUUUCGCUAAUGCGUUGGAACAGGGAUUUGAAAAGAAGUAAAGGUACUUUUCGUCUUGGGGAACAAUAAUCCGACGAUGGCAGACUGUCCAACGCGAAUUCGCUGAUCAACUUCCACCCUUAACGUAUUUUGGGCAGAUCGCACUCACACUUCAAGCGCUCAUUUUCCCCACCUCGGCUCCA